AUGGCCAGGCCCGUCCGACAAAACUAUCCAAUAAACGGAGACCCCGGCUACUUCUACACCGGCGGGGAAGACGGCACGGUGUGCAUGUGGAACAAGAGGGCGGCUAACCGACCAGCGCAGUUCGUGGACGUGUGCCGUUCGAAUUUUUCGUGCGGCCCCGUGCGGUGCCUGUCGGUAUGGAGGACAACGUACAGUAUCGACCUCUUGGCGGCCUGCUUUGAAGUCGACGAUGGCCAGGGUUUAAAGAGGGGCAACUUUUCGUGUCGUUCAUGUCCCAAGGAGUUGCGCAUGAGGCCCCAAAUCCGUUCUGUGGCGUGGUAG